AUGGGAGAAGAAGCAUCGACCAUCCUCGGAUUCUGCCAUGGCCGAGGCGACGAUGCUUUCGCGAAGAAACCCAACAAGGAAGGAAGAAAGGAAAGAACAAGAAACAAGGAUGAUCCUCGAAUUCCCCCGUGGGGAACUCCCGCGAAGAAACGCCGACGAGGAAGAAUGAAAACAGGAAGUAGAAGAGAAAGAAACAUCGACGAUCCUCGUGACACGAGCAAAUAAACUCUGCAGAAUGUGAAGUCGCAAAUCUCCUAGCUAUCCUCCUGUUCCCUUGCAGUUGUUUAAAGUAGAACUCUCUGGGAGAAGAGUUGUAGAUUAGCGCAUGCAUGAUUGUUCCUUCUCAAGAGAUAAUGUUAAGAGUUCCUGUUUUUUUAAACCUUUUCGUAAGGUUUAGUGUUACAAAUAUGCUGAAUGGGUGCUAUCUAAUGACAAAUGUUUUGUUUUUUAGAACAAUGUGAAAAACUGACCAAGGUGCGAUUUGUCUGUGUUCGUCUUUGACAUGAGCAUCAACGUAAUUCGUAAAUAGACCAUUUGAGAUAUUUUCGUAAAUUUACAAAUACUACAUUACGCCUUCAUGUCCAUGUGUCAAUAAUGAACGUCGAUAAAAAGUGAAACGCGACUGUAAAAAAACUAAACAAACCCAAUCAAAUAAAAUAUCCAAGAACUUAUGUACAUUGCAUCAGUUGUUGGCUUAACAGAUUCAACAAACUGUGUGAUGUGCAUUAUCAACCGUUUGCAACUCGUGUGAAUCACAUAUUUUACUUCAUGUAUUAUUUUGUUGCUUUUCUCUAGAUUUAAUAAGCGACAAAAAACUUUAGCAGACUUAAAUUGCAUACUCUCACUUUCUCGCGAAGUGAAAAAUUACUUAUCUGCGAGUGCAAUUGUGAAAUUUGGUUUUUGAGUGGAUCGCCGUCACGAACCACAGUCGAAUACAAAAGCAUCUGCUGUCAUCUAGAGGCUUAUCUGCUGGAAGGAACAUCUCUUUUGUUAAUUAAUGUUGCCAUCAUUGUAUUCCAGACUCUCAUUUUGGACCUCUGAUACAAUGUUAGAUUUAAGUAAAACAUCCUAUGAGAUCUCAACGAGGCUGUUAAUUAUUUGAUCCAUUCUUGUUAAUUAAGUGCCCUGAUAAUGUUAAAGGGUAAAAAAUGCUUCUGAGAUUUUCUCUGAUAAUGUCACUGAUUCUCCUGCAUCUGACAUUUUUCUCUGAAUGUUCUCUCUUUGUGAAGCCAGUUUGAUACUCGUCUUCUCCCUAUUACAGAAAGUUGUAUUGCUCUGAACAGAUUAGUUUUAAAUUGCCUUUCAGAUUAAGAAGAGCACUUCAGAACUCCUCGAAGCUGUUCGUUUUAUUACAUUGUUUAUCCGACUAAUAAAAUAAAGCAGCCAAAAAUAUUUGUGCAGAUAACAUUUAAACUAAUAAGUUACGAAAUGGCGUUGGUAAAAUAUAUUUUGAAAUCAGUCCUUUAUGGUAUCUUCGAAAACAUUUCAGAGCAAAAUGUCAAAUAUUUGAUAAGUGAAUUAUAAAAGACAAAUAGUAUCUUAUAUUAAAAUCCAUUUGAAAUAUAUUUAAUUCGCCUUAUCACUAUAAAGUACUGCACGUUAUAUGGCAUAUCCUUCAGUAAUAAGACAAACUACGAGAAUACGAGAAGCUUUGUUAGGUAAUAUGUUUUGUACAGAAUAAUACGAUACAAUUCUAAAACAUAAAUUCGUUUCUACUAAUCAUACAAAAACAGGUGCAAGUGAAAAAUACGCGAAAUGAAUCCAACAAAGUAUUCACACCAUAAUACCAACCAAUCAGGCUGUCGAAUACCAUCAAAACAACUCAAAAAUCUCUUCUGAAAGAUUCUGCAUGGGCAUGUUUUGAUCGCCAAUCGAAAAAAAAAGAACAGCGACGAAGUUUUCCGUUAGGCUCACUGUUCCGGCGAUCCAGCCGUUCUGUCCGAUUAGCGACACAUUCAGAGCUUGACGGUCCAGCGCGUCCCAGCGCCCCCACUCCCCAUUGGCCCGUGCGAACGCUCUUUGCCCGCGCCGCCACAGGGUCAGGCCGAUCCCACGGUACCUGCGGCAUGCCUCUGCCACGGGCCCAGAGCGGCGCCGCGCUCCAAACGCUAUGGAAUCCAAACAUCAUUCACCCACUCGCUCCGUAGGGUGGCAACGGUCGGAGGCAAGCGAAGCGGCAUAAAAGUAGGAAAAUUACCUUUUGCCCGGAAAACGGACUGUGGCUUUAUGGAUUGUUGUUUUUUUUCCUUGUAUUAUCU